GCUCGGAGCCGCGGAGCCCGGAGCCCGGAGCCCGGAGCGGGGCGGGCAGCCGGCCUGUCAGCGAGGGGAAAUGGGAGACUUUCUCAAAUAGGGGCUCUCCCCUCCCCUCCCCCCAUGGAGAAGGGGGCGGCUGUUUACUUCCAUUUUUUAGGAGAAAAAAACCAAAAAAACAAAACAAAUUGCUCCCGGUCCUCCGGCUUUCACGCGCUAAGUUGUUUAUCUGGGCUGCGGCGGGAGCUGCGAUCGGCGGCGGGAGAGCGGCGCCGCUGCCCGAGCUAACAUUCACUGAUGGACUCCAAAGAAUCAUUAAGUCCCCCGGGUAGAGAGGAGGUCCCCAACAGUGUGCUCGGGCCGGCGGAGCGCGGGAAUGUGGUGGACUUCUACAAAACCCUGAGGGGAGGAGCUCCUGGGAGGGUGCCUGCAUCUUCUUCCUCACUGGCUCCUGCUGCGCAGCCGGACUCCAAGCAGCAGAGACUCGCGGUUGAUUUUCCGAAAGGCUCAGCCAGCAAUGCCCAGCAGCCGGAUCUGUCCAGAGCAGUGUCACUCUCCAUGGGAUUGUAUAUGGGCGAGACGGAAACAAAAGUGAUGGGCAAUGACCUGGCUUUCCCGCAGCAGGGCCAAACCAGCCUUUCCUCUGGGGAAACAGACUUCCGGCUUCUGGAAGAAAGCAUCGCGAGCCUCAACAGGUCGGCUAGUGCUGCAGACAACCCCAGGAGCACGGCGCCUGUUGCUGGGUCUGCCGCCCCCGCGGAGGGGUUUCCAAAAACUCACUCUGACGUGGCCUCGGAACGGCAGAAUCCGAAGGGCCAGACUGGCGGCAGCGCCGGCAGUGCCAAGUUGCACCCCACAGACCAAAGCACCUUUGACAUUUUGCAGGAUUUGGAGUUUUCUUCUGGGUCCCCAAGUAAAGACAGGAGCGAGAGCCCUUGGAGGUCAGACCUGUUGGUGGAGGAGAACUGUCUGCUUUCUCCUUUGGCGGGAGAAGAUGAUCCAUUCCUUUUGGAAGGGAAUUCAAGCGAGGACUGUAAGCCUCUUGUUUUACCGGACACGAAACCUAAAAUUAAGGAUAAGGGAGAUCUGAUCUUAUCAAACCCCAACAAUGUACCACUGCCCCAAGUGAAAACCGAGAAAGAAGAUUUCAUCGAACUCUGCACCCCUGGGGUAAUUAAGCAAGAGAAACUGGGCCCAGUGUACUGUCAGGCAAGCUUUUCUGGGGCAAAUAUAAUUGGUAAUAAAAUAUCUGCCAUUUCUGUUCAUGGCGUGAGUACCUCCGGAGGACAGAUGUACCACUAUGACCUGAACGCACAGCAGCAGGAGCAGAAGCCUCUUUUCAAUGUCAUUCCGCCAAUUCCUGUUGGUUCAGAAAAUUGGAAUCGGUGCCAAGGGUCUGGAGAUGACAACCUGACUUCCCUGGGGACUAUGAACUUCCCUGGCCGGUCGGUGUUUUCCAACGGCUAUUCAAGUCCAGGAAUGAGACCAGAUGUGAGCUCUCCUCCGUCUAACUCCACAACAGCAGCAGGACCGCCUCCCAAACUCUGCUUGGUGUGCUCUGAUGAAGCCUCAGGAUGUCAUUAUGGGGUCUUGACUUGUGGAAGCUGCAAAGUAUUCUUCAAAAGGGCAGUGGAAGGUAGACAGCACAAUUAUCUUUGUGCUGGAAGAAAUGACUGUAUCAUUGAUAAAAUUCGAAGAAAAAAUUGCCCAGCAUGCCGAUAUCGAAAAUGUCUUCAAGCUGGAAUGAACUUGGAAGCACGAAAAACAAAGAAAAAAAUAAAAGGAAUUCAGCAGACCACCACGGGAGUUUCACAGGAAACUUCUGAAAAUCCUGCUAACAAAACAGUAGUUCCUGCAGCAUUACCACAACUCACCCCCACACUGGUGUCACUGCUGGAGGUCAUUGAACCUGAAGUGUUGUAUGCAGGGUAUGACAGCUCGGUUCCAGACUCUACUUGGAGGAUCAUGACCACACUCAACAUGUUAGGUGGGCGGCAAGUGAUUGCAGCAGUGAAAUGGGCAAAGGCAAUACCAGGAUUCAGGAACUUGCACCUGGAUGACCAAAUGACCCUCCUGCAAUACUCAUGGAUGUUUCUCAUGGCAUUUGCCCUGGGGUGGAGAUCAUAUAGACAAUCCAGUGGAAACAUGCUGUGUUUUGCUCCUGAUCUGAUUAUUAACGAGCAGAGAAUGACUCUACCCUGCAUGUAUGACCAAUGUAAACAUAUGCUGUUUGUUUCCUCUGAGUUACAACGGCUUCAGGUGUCUUAUGAAGAAUAUCUCUGUAUGAAAACCUUACUGCUUCUCUCUACAGUUCCUAAAGAAGGUUUGAAGAGCCAAGAGCUAUUUGAUGAAAUCCGAAUGACGUACAUCAAAGAGCUAGGAAAAGCCAUUGUCAAGAGGGAAGGAAACUCCAGUCAGAACUGGCAGCGCUUUUAUCAACUGACAAAACUUUUGGACUCUAUGCAUGAAGUGGUUGAAAAUCUCCUUCACUAUUGCUUCCAAACAUUUUUGGAUAAGACAAUGAGUAUUGAAUUCCCAGAGAUGCUAGCUGAAAUCAUCACCAAUCAGCUACCAAAAUAUUCAAAUGGAAAUAUCAAAAAACUUCUGUUUCAUCAAAAGUGACUGCCUUACCAAGAAAGGUUGCCUUAAAGAAAGUUGAAUAUAGCUUUUAUUGUACAAACUAUCAAUUCAUCCUGUAGAGAUUUUGUUUUUUUCCUUUUUCGUUUGUGUCCUUUUUUGUUUUGUGUAGUUUUCAAUACGCACUACACGUGGUUUAUAGAGGGCCAAGACUUGGCAACAGAAGCAGGUGAGUCAUCACUUUUUCAGUGAUGGGCAAGUAGACAGCAAAACUCAUAUUGGCGUCCCCUGGAAAGUAGAAACCGAAAUGUGGGGUAACCCCCACUGUCAGAGACAGAUGGCACCUAAUCCACCAGUGCCCGAAGUCUGUGUGGUGACCCUUCUCCUCCUACUUUUCACAGCUGGCUGGAUAAAACUUUCUCAACUUUUUGUUCGUGUAUUUUUCCUGUAUAGUUAAAUAGCAUUUUUGAUUUAUGCAUGGAACCCUGAAAAAAAAGUUUACAAGUGUAUAUCAGAAAAGGGAAGUUGUGCCUUUUAUAGCUAUUACUGUCUGGUUUUAACACUUUCCUUCAUAUUCAGUGAACUACGCUUGCUCAUUUUUUUCUUACAUAAUUUUUGUAUUCAAGUUAUUGUACAGCUGUUUAAGAUGGGCAGCUAGUUCAUAGCUUUCCUAAAUAAACUAAACGUUAAUCUUCUGUGUGAAAAUGGGUUGGUGCUUCUAACCUGAUGGCACUGAGCUAUCAGAAGACCACAAAAAUUGACUCAAAUCUCCAGUAUUCUUGUCGAAAAAGCUAAUAUUUUGUAUAUAUCUGCUUCAGUGGAGAAUUACAUAGAUUGUGCAAAUUAACCGUCCUAACUGGUAUAGAGCACCUAGUCCAGUGACCUGCCAGGUAAACUGUGGAUGAUGGUUGCAAAAGACUAAUUUAAAAAAAAAAAAAUAACUACCACGAGCCCCUGUUUGUACCUAAUGCCCUAUCUGCAAAUGGUUAGAUGGCAAGAAACUUGGUAAAUUAAUGAACUGUCAUCUGGGACCUUUUAUAGUAGCUUGUAUAACUCUUAAAUUAUAAUUCCAGAAAGGGAGCUGUAACGUGGCUACGAGAGUUUCCAUCAGACCGAGGAACUCCUCUCACUAAACUCUACCCAAAAACUAAAUCUCUCAGACGGCAAAAGUGGCGAGACACCCAUUUUCACAUUCCCAUCUGUCAUCAAUUGGUUCAUAUUUCCUGGUGGUACAGGAAAGCUCAGCUACUGAUUUUUGUGAUUUAGAAGUGUCUAUUAGACAUCCAUGUUUGUAAAACCACUCAUCCCUCCUGUGCCAUAUCGUCUAACACAAGUCUUGUGGAUUUCUUCAUUCUUCACUGUUGAGAAUUAUCAUUUUAAACAGUAGAUGCUGAAGUAGCCCUUUCUGUGUACACCUUACCAACUUUCUGUAAACUCAGAACUUAACAUAUUUACUAAGCCACAAGAAAUUUGAUUUCUAUUCAUGGUGGCCAAAUUAUUUGUGUAAUAGGAAACUGAAAAGCUAAUAUUGAAAAUAUGAAACUUCUAAUAUAUUUUUAUAUUUAGUUAUAGUUUCAGAUAUAUAUCAUAUUGGUAUUCACUAAUCUGGGAAGGGAAGGGCUACUGCAGCUUUACAUGCAAUUUAUUAAAAUGAUUGUAAAAUAGCUUGUAUAGUGUAAAAUAAGAAUGAUUUUUAGAUGAGAUUGUUUUAUCACGACAUGUUAUAUAUUUUUUGUAGGGGUCAAAGAAACGUUGAUGGAUAACCUAUAUGAUUUAUAGUGUGUGCAAGCAUUCAUACAGGCAGCAAUGGUCCCAGAAAACAAAUGGGUUAGCUCUAGGGCAAGGGGGGGAUGGAGACGCCCCGCAUGUAGUGAAGGCUGCUGAGGCUGCAACCCAGUCAAAUCCCAGAGGCAGGAAUACUCCACCUCCCAUUCUGACAGCCCUUCCCAUUCCAGCAGUGCGGCUGUGUGUGCAGGUCAAGUUUCCCAGGCGCAAGAGUGUAAAACGGACAGAAAGGUGGUGCGCACAUCACACAGCCACCGUCGAUAGCAGUCUGAUCGAAACGGAGGCUUUAGCAGUUUGGCAAUAAUACACAGAGGUACCAGCCAUAUGUAAAUAGUUCAGAGGAUGCCAAUAAUACACUAAUUCCUUUCCUUCAAACGAGAGUUCAUUUCCAAAUAAAAUGCGGACAUGUUUUCUUGGAAUGUUUGUUGAAUGUUAUAUUAUUUCAGUAUUUGAGAAAUUAUUUAAUGAAAAUGUAAUCAUUUGCUUUUUGAACACUCUCUAAAAGGGAGGGUUCCUUUUAUAAUGGUUUAAAUUGGUUUCCCAGAAUCUUCAGUUUGUAACCCAGAUGGAUGUGAAAUGUACAGUGCCUACGGAAUACCGCUUGAAUAUUUUCAGUGACAGUGUUAAGUCUCAAACAGUAUCUGGAAAGUAAAUUAUUGUUCCUUUACAGAACAAUAUGUGGUUAAAACCACGAAGCACAUCACACACCUUAGUCUCACUUUAGUCCUUACAACCUUGGCUCAAAAACUAGAAUGCACUUUGGUGUCAAUAACAACUCAGCUGCCAGUCACUUAACAACUAGAGAAGGCUUUUGAUUAAAUGGGGGGGAAAAAAACAGCUAUGUGUGGGAAAGAUGGAAGUUGCCUUUGCUAUAUUUGAGUGUAGCUAUGAUUCAAAUGAGAAAAAGAUACGGUACUAUUUUAAAUCAGCUUCAUUUUCUAUGUACGGAGUAUCUUGCCAUCCCAAACUAUGUAAGUUUGGAGCAGCACCACUGAGUUGUUAACAAGCCUAGGAGACUCAAGACAUAAUGACUGGUGGAAAACUGCCCCUCUCAGAGUUUGUAGGGUUGUCGUGCACUACUUUACAAGCAGAACUGAGCAGAUAAGGACAUAAUCUUUGGGAUUAUCUAGCCAGUUGUCCAAAACUACGGGAAGUUACUAAAAAAAGUACAUGCCUUCUCCGGAAAACUGCACCAUCCAAAAAGGAAAAUGUAACAGGGUUAGGGGUCAACACAGAGUUUGGUAACAAGCACAGUAUGGAGCCUGCACACAAAAGCUAAUCAGCCUCACUUCAGAACUGAGGAGGAGGAAAGAACAAUUCCAAUUUUACUUCAGUCUUAUCAUUUUAGUUACCUCUUACACAUACCAAGACUGCAUUGCCGCGGGAUGAACAAUAUUAUUAUACUUUGAUUUGUCAGAGUCUAAGAACUGUGGCAGCCUUCAGUGAGAUUUCAAUGUUGCUUCGUUACCCCAAUGACUAGCUGUAGAUGAAUGUGUUUCUAUGUGCCUGGAAAGCAAAAGUGUAAGGGACACUUUAAAUCACUUUGUAUGGAAGUUUCAUCAUUUUCUAGACUAUUUUCAGUCAACCUGGUCCACCCAGAAUUAGUGACCUGGUUUUCAGGAAUGGAUUAGCUUCUCUAGAAAUAUCGUAAAGAAGGAAUUUAUUUUCUGAUGUAAGGCUAUCUGAAAACACCCUCCAAUAACUCGCUUAACUACAUAGAGAAUCAAGUGUGUCAAUAUUCUAUUUUGUAUAUUAAACAAAUGCUAUAUAAUGGGGAUAAAUCUAUAUUAUACUGUGUAUGGCAUUAUUAAAAAGCUUUUUCAUUAUUUUUUAUCACAGUAAUUUUAAAAUGUGUAAAAAUUAAAACCAGUGACUCCUGUUUAAAAAUAAAAGUUGUAGUUUUUUAUUCAUGCUGAAUAAUCUGUAGUAAAAAAAAAUGUCUUUUUACCUACACAGUGACAUGUCAGACUGUAAAAUCUUGUGUGGAAAUGUUUAACUUUUAUUUUUCAUUUAAAUUUGCUGUUCUGUUAUUACCCAACCACACAUUUGUACUGAAUUGGCAGUAAAUGUUAGUUAGCCAUUUCCAGCAGUGCCCAAUAUGGAGAAAUAUCCUAAUAAAAAAAAAAAUCUGCUUUUUCAG